AUGCGAGUGCUCGUGUUAGUUCUUUUGAUCGUUGGCUAUGCUAGUAGCGCUGACAUUCUGAAAAAUGCUUUGCGAGCAUCUUCGGGUAGCUCAUCCCGUGCUACAACUAGACCACCAUUCCCAACUUCAAGAUCUAGUGCAAGACCGACAGUAACUACUCGUCCAUACAUUAACUGUUACUACUGCGGCGAUCUAGGUCGUCCAUGUCCUCAACCAUUUUAUUCAUUCCAUUCAAAUGUACGGACUGUUCAAUCAUAUAAUGGAUUUUGUGAGAAAAUUAGUCCAAAUAAUGGUGGCUUGGGACCCUUUACUCGUGGCGCUGCAAAUCCAGGUGAAUGCAGUCGAAGUGGCUGUUCUACGAAAUAUAUUAAUGGUCGAUGGAUGGAAGUAUGCUGCUGUCGUAAUGAUUUCUGUAAUAUGGGUAUCACAUCGGCGAAAUCAACUUGGGCACUUAUACUCAGCACAUUGGCAAUGCUUUCACUUUUUCGAAAAUUUUAA